AUGGAGGUGUUAAAAAGUAAUAAAAAUAAUGAUAAAAGAAAAUCAACAGGAAGUACAAUUCAAAAAGAAGAAGAAAAUGAAAAAAAACAACGAAGAAAUAGUGAAGGGAGUAAAUAUUUAAAAGAAGAAAGGAAAGAAAAUAAAAUAAUUGAAUAUAAAGAAAAAGAAAGUCCAAAAGAAAAUAAAAAGAAAGAAAUGUUAUUUAUUCCAUUUGAAAAAAGUGAUAAAGAAAAAGAAAAAGAUGAAAAAAUUAAAAGAAAAGGAGGAUUAGGAUUAGAAGAAAUAAUUGCAGUAAUAAUGUAUUCCGAUAGUAUUAAUACAGUUAUUAAUAUGAGAUAUGUUAGUAAACAUAUUUAUUCAGCUAUUAGACAUGUUUCAACAAAUCCAUAUUAUAGUGAAAAAAAAAUAAAUAAAACAAUUGGAAUGAAAAAAAGAAUUAUUACAGCAAGAAAAGAUUUAUUAGUAUUUAGAAAUUUAAAACAUUUUAAAGGACAAUUAGAAACAAUAGAAACAAUUAUGGCAAAUAAAUUAUUAAAAUAUGAAUCAUUAAUGAUAAUUAAUGAUUUUUCAAAUGUUAAUCAUAAUAUUUUUCAAUCAAUUAAACAUAAAGUUAUUGAUUUAACAAUUAUUCUUUAUCCAGAAAUUAUAAUUGAUUUUGAAGGACUUAUAUCAUUAAAACGAUUAAGAAUUGAUUUUAAUAAUAAUGAUGUAUCAAUAUUUGAAGAAUUAAUAAAAGAAUGUCUUUUAAAAAUUAAAAAGAAUAAUAAAUUAAAAGAAAUAUAUUUUAAAUGUAAUGGAAGAUAUUCAUUAAUAUUAGGAAAAAUAUUAAGUGAUUGUGAUUUAAUUAAUCAAGAAAUAUAUAUUAGAUUUGAUAAAAUAACAGAAGGUGAAUGUCAAGGAUUUAUUCAAAAUCAACCAUUUGCUCAUAUCUUUGUAACAAAAAAUGAAUUAAUUGAUAGUGUAUUAAAUGAUAAAGUAAAAUUAAUGCCAGAUAAUGAAAAUAUUUAUUGGAUAUCUAGUUCAUUAAUAAUAAAAAAAGAAUUUAUUAAAGAAUUUAGUUUAUUAAAUUGUCCAAUUAAAAUGAAUAUUAAUGGAAUAUGUGAUAAUGAAGAUAUAAAAACAAUUGAUAUUACUACAUGUACUACAUUAACUUCUAUUGUAUUUAAUGAUUGUCAUUAUAUUAAUAAAUGUUCAUUAUUAUUACCUAAAAAUAUUAUUUCUUUUGGAAUGAUUAAUACAGAUUCAAUUAGUAUUCCAGAAUUAAAUGAAUGUUAUAUUCAAAAAUUAGAAUUAAUAUCAUGUAAUUCAUUUUAUACAUUAAAUAUUCCAACAUCAUUAAUAGAAUUAUCUAUUGAUAAAUGUAUUUUAUUAACUUCAUUAGAAAAUUUAAAUAAAGCAAAAUUACAAAAUUUAAAAAUAAUAAGUUGUUCUAAAAUAGUUAAAUUAGAUAUUCCAUCUACUCUUACAUAUCUUCAACUUAAUGAUUGUUUAUCAAUUACUCAUCUUUUAAAUUUAGAAAAUGCAUCUGUUAAAGAUUUAUAUUUAAAAUAUUGUACUUCUCUUACAACAUUAUGUCUUCCUUCAUUAUUAACUUUAAUUCAAAUUAGUAAUUGUGAAAAAUUAAUUGAACUUAGAAAUUUUACAGAAUUAAAAUUAUUAUCAUUUGAAACUAUUGGACCAUUUAAUGUUGAUAAUUUAUUAUUUCCAUCUUCUCUUACUUAUUUAAAUCUUCAAAAUUAUAGUUCAACUCAAACUACUACAUUAACUAAUCUUACUGAACUUUAUCAAUUGAAAGAUCUUAGAAUAUCAGAUGCUAAAUAUCUUGAAAUGUUAUCAUUUCCACCUAAUUUAACUUCACUUAUUCUUCAUGGAUGUCAUUCACUUACUUUUUAUCCUAAUUUAAUGGAUUUACCAUUAAAAAUGAUGGAUAUUACAGCAUGUGAUGCAUUAACUUGUUUAAGUUUUCCAACAACAUUAACAAAAAUGAUAAUAAAUGAUUGUCAACAUGUUAUUGAAUUUCCUAAUUUAGAAGAAAUGACAGUAUUAAAAAAUAUAGAAUUAACUCAAUGUCCUAGUUUAGAAAUUAUUCGUUUUCCACUUUCUUUAGAAUAUUUAAAUAUUUCUAAAUGUAAAAAUUUAUUAACAUUACCUAAUUUACAUGAAUUAAAUAUUCCUUUUAAAAAUUUAUUACCUUUCUAUUACAAUCUUAAACAUCCAUUUAUUCCAACUUCUCUUACUGGAAUUAUUAUUGAAGCUUGGGAAUGUAUUUCUUUACCAAAUUUAAUAAAUAUUCCUCUUCAAGAUCUUCAAAUACUUAAUUGUUCAUUUUUAACUUCAUUAAGUUGUCCUUCUACUAUUUCUUUUCUAGAAAUUAGUGGAUGUAAAUCAAUUUCUAAAAUUUUUAAUCUACAAAAAUUAAAUAUUCAAAUACUUAAAAUUUGUUAUUGUUCUUCAUUAAAAUCAAUUAAAUUACCAUCAACUAUUUCAAAAUUAGUUAUGUAUGAUAAUAUGAAUAUUACUCUUCCAAAUAUUAAAAAAAUUUCAAUGAAAUAUUUAUAUUUAGAAUCUAUGGAAAAUAUUAAAUCAAUUACAAUCCCUUCUACUUUAACAAAAUUAGAAUUAAAAGAAUGUCCUUCUUUAUCUUCUCUUUUUAAUUUAUCUGAUGCUCCUAUUAAAGAAAUUCAUUUAUUUUCUUGUAAAAAAGUUAAAUCAUUAACAUUACCUACUACUAUUACUAAAUUAGUAUUAGAUUCUUUUAAGAGAUUAACUUCUUUAGAUAAUUUACAAAAACUUACAUUAGAAUCUUUAAAACUUUCAGGAUUAAAACAAAUUAAAAGUUUUAAAUUCUCUUCUCAUCUUACUAAACUUGAAUUAAGUAAUUGUUUUAAUAUUCGUACUUUAAAUUCAAUAACUUCUCUUCAACUUAAAGAAUUAUCAUUAUUUAUGAUGGAAAAUCUUAAAACAUUAGAACUUCCAACUAUAUUAACUAAAUUAAGAUUAGAUAAUUGUAAAGUAUUAGAAUUAUCUUCUAUUGAAAUGUUAAAUUUCUUAAAUGUUUUAGAAAUAAUUCGUUGUCCUUCUUUAAAAACUCUUUCACUUUCAACUCAUUUAACUGAUUUAUCUAUUAUUGAAUGUUCAAAUUUAAUAGAACUUAAACAUCUUCAUGAAUUAUCUAUUCGUCCUUCAUUAUUAUUGGAAAUUAGUUUAACUUUAAAUAGUCCUAUUUUAACACAAAAUAUAUUAAAUGAUUCAAUUAAAAAUAAUAAAAUUGAACUUAAAGAAUGGAAAUGUGUUCAUUUAGAUUCUUUUAAUCAAAUUAAUGUUAAACAUGUUAUUGUAAAUUCAUGUAUUAAUUUACAAUCUAUUUCUUUUGGUUCAUGUCUUGAAGACCUUGAAAUUAAUGAUUGUUCUUCAUUAACUUCUCUUUCUUGUCAUGAUUAUUCUUUAAAACAAUUAUUAUUAAAGAAUUGUUUAGUAUUAUCUAAUAUUACUUUUCCAUUUACUUUACAAUCUAUUCGUAUUGAUAAUUGUAAUGAUUUACUUUCAUUAAAUAUUAAUAACUCAACUUCAUUAACUAAAAUUGAUUGUACAAAUUGUAAUCAUCUCCAAUAUAUUGAUGUUCCAACUUCAUUACAAUUUAUAUCGGUUAAUGGUUGUGAUAAUUUAGAAACUUUUAAUCAUCUUGAUACUUCAUUAAUUCAAGAAUGUUUUAUUAGUAAUUGUGAUUGUAUUGAAUCAUUAUCACCUCCUUCUACUAUUUCUAAACUUCAAAUUCAAAAUUGUUAUUCUCUUCAUACUAUUGAAAAUAUUGAUAAUUUAAAAAAUCUUCCAAGAGAUGUUAUUUCUUCUUUCAAAAGAAUUAUGAAACAUUAA